AUGCGCUCCGCCGUGGUCCUGGCGCUUCUGCUGUGCGCCGGGCAAGUCCUUGCCCUCCCUGUGAACAGCCCCAUGACAAAGGGGGACACUAAGGUGAUGAAGUGUGUCGUGGAGGUCAUCUCUGACUCGCUGUCCAAACCCAGCCCCAUGCCUGUCAGCCCCGAGUGUCUGGAGACCCUCCAAGGAGAUGAGAGGGUCCUCUCCAUCCUGAGACACCAGAAUUUGCUGAAGGAACUCCAAGACCUGGCUCUCCAAGGUGCCAAGGAGCGGGCCCAGCAGCAGCCAAAGCAGCAAGAGCAGCAGCAGCCACACAGCAGCUUCGAGGAUGAGCUCUCAGAAGUGUUUGAGAGCCAGAGCCCUGAGGCCAAGCAAGGAGACGCCACAGCAGAAACUCCCCCUAAGGAAGUUGUGGAGAAGAGAGAGGAUUCUGACGAGGUGCAACAGGGUGGCUCUGAGGGAACCACUGAGGGACCCAGGCCUCAGGCCAUUCCAGAGCCUGGGCAGAAGUCCUCUGUGAUGGGGAACAGUCAUGCCCCUGGGGAGGAUGCAGCCAUCAAUACCCAGAUGCCGGCCAGCCUCCCCAACCAGGAUGAUGUGGACUCACAGGCCACAGGGGACAGCGAGAGAGGCCUGGGCACCCAGCAGCAAGCUGGAAAAGCCAAGCAAGAGGAAGAAGAGGAGGUUAGAGAGAAGGCUGAACCUGAAGAAAUCCCCACUGCAGAAUCCAGCUCCCAACCAGAAUACGAGGCAAUCCAGAAAGAUGAGGGUCAGUCCGAGUCUCAUGCAGUGGAUGGAGGUGGGAAAACCCGGGCUUCUGAAGCUCUGUCACCCAAGGGGGAGCUGGAGCUCUCUCAGAAAGAGGAAGACAGGGAAGACGUGAUGGCAGGCCCACCCCAAGGUCUCUUCCCAGGUGGGAAGAGCCAGGAGCUGGAGCAUCAGCAGGAGGAAGAGGAGCGGCUGUCCAGAGAAUGGGAGGACAAGCGUUGGAGCAGGAUGGACCAGUUGGCCAAGGAGCUGACAGCAGAGAAACGGCUGCAGGGGGAGGACGACCCCGACCGCUCCAUGAAGCUCUCCUUCCGGGCCCGGGCCUACGGCUUCAGGGACCCCAGGCCUCAGCUACGCCGGGGCUGGAGGCCAUCUUCCAGAGAAGAGAGUGUGGAGACCCGAGGCGACUUUGAGGAAAAGAAGGAGGAGGAAGGCAGCGCCAACCGCAGAGCAGAGGACCAGGAGCUAGAGAGCCUGUCAGCCAUCGAGGCAGAGCUGGAGAAGGUGGCUCACCAGUUGCAGGCAUUGCGGCGGGGCUGA